AUGCCGCAUCAGUCUCUGACGCCGCAUCAGUCUCUGACGCCGCAUCAGUCACUGACGCCGCAUCAGUCACUGACGCCGCAUCAGUCACUGACGCCGCAUCAGUCUCUGACGCCGCAUCAGUCUCUGACGCCGCAUCAGUCUCUGACGCCGCAUCAGUCUCUGACGCCGCAUCAGUCUCUGACGCCGCAUCAGUCUCUGACGCCGCAUCAGUCUCUGACGCCGCAUCAGUCUCUGACGCCGCAUCAGUCUCUGACGCCGCCUCAGUCUCUGACGCCGCAUCAUCUCUCUGAUGCCGCAUCAGUCUCUGACGUCGCAUCAGUCUCUGACGUCGCAUCAGUCUCUCUGACGUCGCAUCAUUCUCUGACGCCGCAUCAGUCUCUGACGCCGCAUCAGUCUCUGACGCCGCAUCAGUCUCUGACGCCGCAUCAGUCUCUGACGCCGCAUCAUCUCUCUGACGCCGCAUCAGUCUCUGACGCCGCAUCAAUCUCUGACGCCGCAUCAGUCUCUGACGCCGCAUCAGUCACUGACGCCGCAUCAGUCUCUCUGACGCCGCAUCAGUCACUGACGCCGCAUCAGUCUCUGACGCCGCAUCAAUCUCUGACGCCGCAUCAGUCUCUGACGCCGCAUCAUCUCUCUGACGCCGCAUCAGUCUCUCUGACGCCGCAUCAGUCUCUGACGCCGCAUCAGUCUCUGACGCCGCAUCAGUCUCUGACGCCGCAUCAGUCUCUGACGCCGCAUCAGUCUCUGACGCCGCAUCAGUCUCUGACGCCGCAUCAGUCUCUGACGCCGCAUCAGUCUCUGACGCCGCCUCAGUCUCUGACGCCGCAUCAUCUCUCUGACGCCGCAUCAGUCUCUGACGCCGCAUCAGUCUCUGACGCCGCAUCAGUCACUGACGCCGCAUCAGUCACUGACGCCGCAUCAGUCUCUGACGCCGCAUCAGUCUCUGACGCCGCAUCAGUCUCUGACGCCGCAUCAGUCUCUGACGCCGCAUCAGUCUCUGACGCCGCAUCAGUCUCUGACGCCGCAUCAGUCUCUUUGACGCCGCAUCAGUCUCUGACGCCGCAUCAGUCUCUGACGCCGCUGAGGCCGCAUCAGUCUCGCCGCAUCAGUCUCUUACGCCGAGUCUCGCCGCAUCACGCCGUCUCUCUGACGCCGCAUCUGACGCCGCAUCAGUCUCUGACGCCGCUGAGGCCGCAUCAGUCUCUGACGCCGCAUCGCUGA